AAAGACGGAAAAAAGAUAACUAAAAAUGUCAAACUCUUUUUUAUCCGAGAAAUAUCUUAGUUUUCUUGUGUACUUGGAGAAAGUGGGGGUGGGGUUAUGAUUAAACAAUUCAUAAACAAAUCUAGUUUAGAUUAUUGGGUUAUAAAGGAAUUCCAUCAUUCGCUAUCUGAAAAUCACAAAAUUCCAUUUCUCGUAGAGAGAAACAGAACCAGAUAUGGCAGCAGAAAAAGGAGGAAAUGAUGAGUACUAUGAACCUUUGUUGGGGAUCACUAGUGGUAAUCAUCUGAUCAGUACUAAUUCCGGUACAAUUGAAGGUGUUGUUGAUUACAGAGGAGAGAAAGUGAGUAUUGGAUCAAAUUUUGGUGGUUGGAGAUCAGCUUUUCUCAUCAUUGGAGCUGAAUUUGGAGAAACUAUAGCUUACUAUGGAAUAUCUUCAAAUCUAAUCAGCUAUCUAACUGGUCCUUUAGGUCAGUCCACUGCUGUAGCUGCAGCUAAUGUCAACGCUUGGUGUGGUAUGGUAUGGAUGCUUCCGCUUCUUGGUGCCUUUGUUGCAGACUCUUAUCUUGGUCGAUAUCGUACCAUCUUCUUCUCUUCUGUAAUCUAUGUACUGGGAUUAGGAUUUCUGACUCUAUCAGUGGUUCUUACUUCUCUUAUGAGCCCCACCAAAUACAAUGAAGUGAAUGGAACCUCUUCCGCUUCUCCUGCUCCUUUCUUAAUCCUGUUGUUCUUUUUAUCAUUGUACCUAGUUGCAAUCGGCAAGGCUGGAUUUAAGCCAUGCGCAGAAGCUUUUGGUGCCGAUCAAUUUGAUGAGCGAAACCCGGAGGAGAAUUCAUCCAAAAGUUCGUUCUUCAAUUGGUGGUAUUUUGGAUUAUGUGUUGGUAGUAGCAUUUCUCAUGUAGUCUUGACCUACAUUCAAGAUAACAUAAGCUGGGUUCUUGGUUUUGCGAUUCCUUGCAUUUGUAUGCUUCUUGGGCUCUUUGUUUUCUUACUCGGAACCAAAACUUACCGGUUUAGUAAAGAUGAGAACAAAGAAAACCCGAUUUUAAGAAUAGCUCGAGUAUAUGUUGCAUCUGCAAGGAACUGGAGAGCUACUUCAACUGGUAACGAAGAGGAGGGAAUCAAAAUGUCUGACAAUCAACUUCGUGUUGGUGCUGACCAAUUCAAGUUUUUGGAUAAGGCGUUGAUCGAAUUACCAAAUUCGGAUCAAGUUGGUUCAAAUAAACAUGGCAUGUCCUGUAGUGUUGAUCAGGUUGAAGAUGCAAAAGUAGUCCUGCGUUUGGUUCCUAUAUGGAUUGUAUGCCUAACUUAUGCAGUUGUGUCUGCUCAAAGCUCAACUUUCUUCACAAAGCAGGCAAGCACCAUGAACAGAAGAAUAGGACAAGGCUUCCAAAUACCACCUGCAUCCCUUCUUACCGUCAAUUCUUUAUCAAUCAUUAUUUUCAUCCCAAUUUAUGACCGUCUUUUUGUUCCUCUGACACGACUUUUAACCCGAAAUCAAAGUGGAAUAUCAAUGCUUCAGAGAAUUGGUUGCGGCAUGUUUAUAUCUACACUGGCAAUGGCUUUAGCCGCAGUAGUUGAGAAGAAGAGACUUCAAACUGCUGUUGAUUUCGGAUUAAUAGACAAGCCGAAUGAAAUAAUUCCUAUCAGUUUCGUGUGGUUGGUUCCUCAAUAUGUACUACUCGGUAUUGCUGAGGUUUUUGCCAUGGUUGGCUUACAAGAAUUCUUUUACGAUCAAGUGCCAGACAAGUUGAGAAGUAUGGGUCUUUCCUUGUACUUGAGCAUUUUUGGCAUAGGGGACUUUCUUAGUAGCUUUCUCAUCUAUGCCAUUGACAAAUCAACUAGUGGAAGCAGUCAAGGUAGCUGGUUCCAGGAUAACCUGAAUCGAGCUCAUCUGGAUUACUUUUAUUGGUUUCUAGCUGGACUUAGCGCGAUAAAUUUAGUUGCUUACUUGUAUGUCUCAAAAUUUUAUCUCUAUAAAAGAGUAAGUUUGAUGUAAAUCAAUGUGAAAUAAAGUAAAAUGAAAAAAAGUACCUGUAUGUGAACCAUUGUAUUUUACAGAAACGACUGAUAUUAUCCUUGA